CUCCAACAUAACUCAUUUCACUUUCACAGGGACAGUUUGGAUCACUGUGCGUGGAGUCUUCAUCUGUUACUUCUGAUUGGCCAACACUGAAUGCACCUCAUUGCCUGCCAUGGUGUUCUUCGCAGCUGCACCUCAUCUCAAAAGUAGUUUUUCAGAAAGCAGCACCCAUUUCCAGUGCUCACUGAAAUAUUUCCCCGAGAGUAAUGAGUGAUGGCUCUUCAGGAGAUCAGUGUGAUGUUCACACACAGACCCUCGGCCUUCUCUGCUGCUGUGCUGCUUCUAACACUCGUCCUCUGCAGAGGAAAAUCUCAUCUGGUGUGUCCAUCACGGGUUGUAGCCAUGAUGGGUGAUGAUGUUGUUCUUCCAUGUCAGCUUAAACUUGCUGUCGAUACUAACGCUGAGACUGUGAACUGGACCAAACCUGGUCUGGACCCAAAUGUUGUCCACCUUCAUUUUGAUGGACGGCUGGUGUUUGAGAAACAAAACCCAUCUUAUCACUUUCGUACUCGAGUCUUUGAGGAUGAACUGAUCAAAGGGAACGUCUCCCUUAAAAUAUUCAAAGUCAAACUCUCUGAUGAAGGAACGUACAGAUGCUCCAUUCCCUGGAUACGUGAAGAAGCUUCCAUUGUUCUCACUGUUGGUUCAGCAUCUACACCUGUCAUAAAGGUGAUGUCAAACGUCAGCAGCAGGGUGGUGUUACAGUGUGAGUCUGCAGGCUGGUAUCCAGAGCCUGAGCUGCUGUGGUUGGACGGUGAGGGAAACCUCCUCUCUGCUGGACCUACAGAGACCCUCAGAGGUCCUGAUGACCUCUAUACUGUCAGCAGCAGAGUGACUGUGGAGAAGAGACACAGCAACAACAUCACCUGCAGAGUCCAACAGAGGAACACCAACCAGAGCAGAGAGACACACAUACAUGUUCCAGGAAAAUCUCAUCUGGUGUGUCCAUCUCAGGUUGUAGCCAUGAUGGGUGAUGAUGUUGUUCUUCCAUGUCAGCUUAAACUUGCUGUUGAUACUAACUCUGAGACUGUGAACUGGAUCAAACCUGGUCUGGACCCAAAUGUUGUCCACCUUCAUUUUGAUGGACAGCUGGUGUUUGAGAACCAACAUCCAUCUUAUCACUUUCGUACUCGAGUCUUUGAGGAUGAACUGAUCAAAGGGAACGUCUCACUCAAAAUAUUCAAAGUGAAACUCUCUGAUGAAGGAACGUACAGAUGCUCCAUUCCCUGGAUACGUGAAGAAGCUUCCAUUGUUCUCACUGUUGGUUCAGCAUCUACACCCGUCAUAAAGGUGAUGUCAGUUGUCAGCAGCAGGGUGGUGUUACAGUGUGAGUCUGCAGGCUGGUAUCCAGAGCCUGAGCUGCUGUGGUUGGACGGUGAGGGAAACCUCCUCUCUGCUGGACCUACAGAGACCCUCAGAGGUCCUGAUGACCUCUAUACUGUCAGCAGCAGAGUGACUGUGGAGAAGAGACACAGCAACAACAUCACCUGCAGAGUCCAACAGAGGAACACCAACCAGAGCAGAGAGACACACAUACAUGUUCCAGGUGAAGACAUCAGUGACUCUACAUUACCCAUCUGUGUCAAUGUUCAAGCAGCUUUCUUGGUGUGUAUUAUAGUGAUGCUCAUUACAUGGAAACUGAAGCAAAAGCAAAGUGACCACAGGACAGACAGACAGAAGAAAAUAUAAAAGUAACUCUCUUUGAUGACCCCUGAUCCUGGAUGAGAGAAACAGUAACAUCAACAAAGGGACUGUUGGAAUGUAAGAAGAGCUGGUACGAGUGAGGAAAUCAGAAAAAUUGAGCAAAUUAAAAAAGAACACCACUUAUGUUCUUUGCAUUGGGAUCUAACAGCUAAAUGUUUAAAUCCUACAUGGUGUCUAAAGUUUAGGUUUUCACAACCGAUGUUAGUAUUCAGUGUUGAGCAUGUG